GCGCCUCGGCUCGGUCCCGCCCGCCCCGGGAGUCCCCCAUGCGCCCAGGCUAGUGCUCCCGGGGCGCCGCCCCUUAGCCGCAGGUAUGUUGCACCCGCUGCUGCUCGCCGCGCUCUGCCUGGCCGGCGGGCUCGGACCCGCCGCUGGCUGCCAGCUGCCGUCGGAAUGGAGACCCCUGAGCGAGGGCUGCCGCGCGGAGCUGGCGGAGAUCAUCGUGUACGCCAAGGUGCUGGCGCUGCACCAGGAGGUGCCCGGCCUGUACAACUACCUGCCCUGGCAGUACGAGGCCAGCGAGGCCGGGCUCUUCUACUCGGCCGAGAUAGAGAUGCUGUGUGACCAGGCUUGGGGCAGCAUGCUUGAGGUGCCCGCGGGCUCCAGGCUCAACCUCACAGGCCUGGGCUACUUCUCGUGUCAUUCCCACACCGUGGUGCAGGAUUACUCCUAUUUCUUCUUCCUCAGGAUGGAUGAAAAUUAUAAUCUCUUGCCUCAUGGCGUCAAUUACCAAGAUGCCAUCUUUCCAGACACUCAAGAAAACAGAAGGAUGUUUUCCAGCCUAUUCCAGUUCUCAAACUGUUCCCAAGGACAGCAGCUGAUGGCUUUCUCCAGUGAUUGGGAGAUUCAGGAAGACAACAGGCUCAUGUGUUCCUCAGUGCAGAAGGCCCUGUUUGAGGAGGAGGACCACAUCAAGAAACUGCAGCAGAAAGUCGCCACGCUGGAGAAACGGAACAGACAGCUCCGGGACCGGGUGAAGAAGGUCAAGAGGUCUCUGAGGCAGGCACGGAAAAACAGCCGCCAGCUGGAGCUGGUGAACCAGAAGCUCAGUGAGAAGCUGGUGGCCGCAGCAGGUGCCAUCCCCCACAUCAAUGCCCUGGGGCGCGACCAUGCAGGCGCCACCUACCUGCGGGGGUAGUGGGGGCCGCGCAGUGGCUCACAGCCCCUCGCCCGGAAAUGGAGAGUGAGGGUGGUUUUGUACAUGCACAUAUUUCAAAUCUUGUAGGAGACUUUUUUUUUAUUUUAAUGUUUUUGGUAGUCUAGUGGGUUUAAAAGGCAGACUUUGCUCUCCUUGGUUUCUGGCCUCCUGCCCAUCCCUGGCCUCAAAGUGUGCAGUAAGAGGACUCAGUGCUGUGUGCUUGUUUGAGGGGUCUGUCCUCCACUCCCAGGAGCAGCCUGAAAGGUGCACUUACUGGGAUAAGGAUAGCUAGAGUCUCUAGCUAAAGGCUGAACCCUGAGGUCCCUCCAUUUCAGCUCGAGGACAACGAUUAGUUUUUGAUGAAUGAUCCAAAGCUAGUGACAGGACUGUCUGCUGUCUCAUUUUCCAUACCUUGGGAUGGUGGCCUUGCAAAGCACCCAAGGAUGACCAUAAACAUGUGCUGGGUGCCCCCGCGCCAGCUAGCAUUUCCUCACAGCUGAGGCAUAUUAAGACUUAAUGAGCUCAGCACAGAUAAGGGAAUUGAGGGGAGGAGGUUACAGGUGAUUAAGAGGAAAUCUACCUGACUUCCAGCCCCAGCUCUCCAGAGUUGUAGCCAGUGGACCUACUGGUCAUC